AAAUGACUUUACCAAUUUUUUUUAGGAUUGUUAAUACUUUGUAUAUGUAACGAAAAUGUUUGUUGGUAGUUUUGUUAAUUUAAUUAUUGUUGUAUUUGGGACAUGUCAUUCUACGUUGGCCUCAAAACAAAAGGAGAAAAUGUGUGCAGCCUGCCAUGUUGUUGUUGAUGAAAUAGAAUACGAAAUAUCAAAGGUGGACCCAAAUAAGGUGUUAGAAAUUGAAGGAUUUCGAGUGGAUCCUAAUGGCAAUCAGAAGAAGAAAAAGCUACCUUAUGCACGUUCAGAGGUGCAUUUAACUGAAAUCACUGAGAGCAUGUGUGACAAGAUGAAUCAGUAUUCCCAGUCUGUUGACAAAGAUACUGGUAAAAUUAAGUACGUUUUAACUCAAUCUCGAAAUGGUGAACCACUUCAGUUAGAGAAUGUUUCCAUGAGUGGUGAGAUUGCAGAGAAGCUUCGUCAUAUGUGCAAUAGUAUCAUCGAAGAAAACGAAGAAAAUAUAAUUGAUUAUUUUAAAAUGAAAAAAGAAAAUACAAAAAAGGAGUUUUGUACUUCCGUUGCUGGUUUGUGUCAUUCAGAAAGUGAUAAAGAUGAGGAAGAGGAUGACGGUGAAGAGGAGGAGGAAAAGGAUGAAUUAUAAUUGUUAAAUAAAAGUAGUUUUCAAGCAUAUAACGACAAUUUUUGUAGAAAUAAUUUUUAAUCUA